UAAGCAAUGUACAUAUGUAUAUAACAUGCUAGAAUUUUUUUAAAUAAAUAAUAGUUAAACAAUGAUGAGUAACAUUUUGAUUGACAAUAAAAACAGCUUGACGCAAUCUUUUUUUUUUUAUUUGUACGUACAUACAUAUACACACGAAGAUUACUAUUUUAUGCUAGAAAAAUAUCCUUGUAAAAUUUAGUUAUGCAAAAAUAAGCUGAAAAUCGAAAAGGCUUAAAACUAACAAAGAUUUGAAAGAGAGUUGUGACCCAACAAAGGCUAAAAGACGAUUGUAUGAGAAUGAUAAUUCAAAACAUUGUCGGCACACAAAUAUUUCUUCACUACCGGAUUUUACCGAUAUGGCAAUGUUAAUCAAAAGCGUGGUUGAAAUAAAAACAAAUACUUCCACUGUACACUUACCAUCAAGCAAUUUUGUUAAAAAAUUUUAGAAUUUACAAGUUUCAAAAAAGUGAUUUCAGCAAAAUGGGUUGGAAAAAGAAACCAAAACCCAAGGCGCAUAAGGGCAAUCUAAGUAAGACGGUUAAGAAUCUAAAAUACAAACGUAAAGCAAAGGAAAUGAUGGAACAGCACCGGAAGCAGGCUAUGCUAGAAAAGUCCUACAGAGAAAAAGAGGAGACAAAAAUUGAUGAAGCAGAAGGUAAAAUAUUUGAAUUUAUAAAAGAUGAUGUCGAUGAUGAAAAUGGUGAGCUAAAUACAUUCGAUGAGCUAAUGGACACGCUGUCAACGAGAGCACCAGGGAAGGCGCAAUCAGACGAUUCGCUUGAUGACGAAUUGGACGACGAGACUUUGCCCAUUCCAGAGGAAGAGCAGUCUGAGGAAGAAAUAGCUGAAGAGAUCCAGGAAAUACCAGAAGUUGAAGAACUAGAAGCAAUGCAAUCAAAUGAUACAUUCGCAUUACAUUUUGAUUAUGAGUUACCGGUCGAAAGUGUUGAUAGUAUAUGGAGUACUCAGUCACAAAUUAAGAAAACCAUUUUGACUUGGCCCAAUCUCGGCAUUUUAAAAUCUCAAAUACCACAAUUUAAAAGUGAAGACUUAACAACUGAGGAAGUUCACUGGAAUAUGAAUUAUAAAGUACUUAGUGCAGAACAACUGCAUACGCUCAAUAUAAGAUCAACAAUUUCAGAGAAUUUUAUAAAGGAUCUCACACCGCUGCAGAACGAAGUUUUCCAAAUACUCAAUCACUAUAAUGAUUUUUGCCAUUCCAACGUGCAAAAAGAUAAGCUAGACGAGUUAAGAUUGUGUUAUAGUGCACAUGUACUCAACCAUAUGCUAAAGACACGUACUCGCAUAUUAAAACAUAAUAUGAAAUUGGCAGCUACACCAAAUCUUGUAACCAUACCGGAUAGCUAUCGGGAUCAAGGUUUGGCACGGCCCAAAGUGCUCAUUAUAUUGCCAUUCCGAAAGUGCGCAUAUCAGAUAGUGACAAAUAUGGGUCGCUUGAUGUAUGGCAAAAAUAUGGAAUCAAAAUUAAUGAACUUUGCUCGCUUUACUGAUGAAUACACCGGCGAUACUUUACGUUUUCCGCAAAAUAAACCCAAAGCCGAAGACUACGUAGAAACGUUCAAAGGCAAUAUUGAUGAUAACUUCAAAAUCGGCAUUUCCAUAACCAAGAAGAAUUUGAAACUCUACACCGAUUUUAAUGCCUCGGACAUUAUAAUUGCCUCACCAUUGGGUCUACGAUUGGGCAUAGCCUCGAAUAAUAACGAGUCGGGCUCAUUUGAUUUUCUCAACUCCAUAGAAAUUUUAAUACUGGAUAAAGCGGAGAUGUUUUUGGCACAAAAUUGGGAAAAUCUACUACAUGUAAUAGAUCAUUUACAUUUACAGCCACAAACAUUGAGUAAUGUAAACUUGCAACGUGUGCGGCCUUGGUGCUUGAAUGGUCUAUGCCGUUUUUAUCGACAAACGAUCGUGCUUUCCUCCCACGAACUACCAGAAAUACGUUCGCUUUUCUUUAAUAAAUGUGUCAACUAUUGUGGCAAGGUGUCUGUAUCGAAUCCCAUACUACAAGGUGAUAUAGGCAAUGUCUUCGUGACAAUACCACAAAUAUUUAACUUGAUAGACACUACCAGUUUGGACUCUGUUUUCGAUACACGCUUCCGUUAUUUCGUUAAAGAAGUAUUACCACGCUAUAGAAAACCCACGCAUGCGCAUUGUAUGAUAUAUGUGCCGAGUUAUUUUGAUUAUGUACGCUUGCGUAACUACUUGAAGGCUGAGUCCAUUAGCUUCUCUCAAGUUUGUGAAUAUACCAAAAAGGAAAAGGUGGCGCGUGCACGUGAUAUGUUCUAUCACAGUGGUGUACACUUUUUGCUUUACUCGGAGCGAUAUCACUUCUACCAGCGUACACGUAUAAAGGGUAUACGACAUUUGAUAAUGUAUCAGCCACCAAUGUGGCCACAGUUGUAUUCCGAAAUGGUUAAUAUGAUGAAUGAAAGUAAUCAGAAUGUAGCCGAUGGAUUGGAGGAUUCGAUGAGUAUAACGGUGUUGUAUACAAAAUAUGAUCUAAUACAAUUAAAUGCCAUACUUGGCACUGAAUCGGCGGCAGAAUUACAACAUUCAAAUAAGGCAAUACACAGUUUCACUAUCAAAUAAUUAUUGGUUACUAAAUAAAUAAAAAGAAAAAUAGAUCGUUAAGUUAAUUUGUACAUAUCGCUGUAUGCAUGUAAAUAAGAUCUGUUAAUUUAAAAAAUUAUGUGUUUUUUGCUGUUAAAAAUUGUUCUUUUCUUUAGAGAAGACUUCCAUUAGAAAUACAACUUUCGCACACGAAUUAAAAUUAGAAUG